AUGACUGCAAUAGCUCCAGCCCCCAUUCCUCUGCCUCCUUCUGAAUCCGAAACGCCCUCAACGCCUAUACAGAGGCCUACCCUCCUCAGUUUGGCCAUGAAGCGACGGCAGCAGCUGGAAGAAACAGAUCCUCUUGAGCUUAUUCGAGAGCGUAUCCUUCUGCAACGUCAUAUGGAGCCCGAAGCUCGCAUGAUUACCCCCGACGAUCCCAGAGCCCGCCCCAAUAUGCCCGGCACCCCCCAAACUCCCCACACUCCCGCAACGCCACAGGAACCCAAAGAUGCCCCUGAGGAUACUUCCCAUCCUGCAUCUCCUGCCCCAGCUCCUGAAUCUGCGGACAGUGAGGCUAAAGAGCCGGCUAACGAAUCG